AUGCUGAUAAGGUGUGAGAGUAAAAGUACUCGUGUUAAAGGUUUAUCCUUUCAUCCAAAGCUACCGUGGAUAUUAGUAAGUUUACACAAUGGUAUAAUACAAUUCUGGGAUUAUCGUCUGGGUAGUCUUCUAGAUACUUAUGAAGAACACGAGGGGCCUGUUCGAAGUGUGGAUUUUCACGAAAGUCAACCUAUAUUUGUAUCUGGUGGUGAUGACUAUAGGGUUAAGGUAUGGAACUACAAAGAAAGACGUUGUUUAUUCACAUUGAUUGGCCACCUAGAUUAUAUAAGAACUGUUGAGUUUCAUAAAGAGUAUCCGUGGAUAUUAUCUAGCUCUGAUGACCAGACUAUGAGAUUAUGGAAUUGGCAAAGUAGAGCAUGUAUAGCAGUGAUUACUGGUCAUAAUCACUACGUCAUGUGCUCUAAAUUUCAUCCACAUCAGGAUUUGAUAGUAUCUGCAAGUAUGGAUCAAUCUAUAAGGAUAUGGGAUUUUACAGGUUUAAGAGAAAAGACAGUAAAGGGUCACUCAUCACUAUCUACAUCAAUAUCUAAUACAAUGCCAGCUCACUCUGAUAUGUUUGGUGCUAAUGAUGUAAUUUGUAAAUUUGUACUGGAAGGUCAUGAACGAGGUGUAAAUUGGGUCACAUUUCAUCCUACUUUAUCUCUUAUAGCUUCUGCUUCAGAUGAUAGAACAAUAAAAUUAUGGAGGUAUAGUGAAACCAAGGCUUGGGAAAUUGAUACCUUGAGGGGACAUUUUAAUAAUGUAUCUUCAGUUAUAUUCCAUACAAGUAAGGAUUGGUUAUUAUCAGAUAGUGAAGAUAGGACCAUUAGGAUUUGGGACUUAACCAAGAGAAUACCCUUACAUACAUACAAGAGAGAAGGUGAUAGAUUUUGGGCUAUAGUGAGUCAUCCAACAAGUAGCCUUUUUGCUGCUGGUCAUGAUUCUGGGAUGAUGAUAUUUAAGCUAGAAAUGGAGAGACUACCUAGUGAUAUAAUUAGAAGUAUGAGACAGGUCUGGUAUAUCUUUGACAAAUACUUAUAUAUGUAUGAUAUAAAGAAUAACACAACUACAUCUAUAAUGCCUCUGAAAAAUCCUAACUUAACAUCAAAUACCUUAUGUCCUUAUCAAUUAUCCAUAAAUCCUUAUAGUCCGAACGAGUUGUGUUUUGUUAUAUAUUAUAAGAAGGACUUUCUAAAUGGAUCAUCUGGAAAUAUAAGCUCAGCUCCAACUACAUCUGUAAAUAAUACAUGUAACUCUUUAAUUACAUAUGAUAUUGUAACAACUCCAAUCUCUGAUUGUAGUUUAUAUGACCAAAAUUUAUCUAGUAAUAUGACUUGGAGGAAUGGAUUAUCUAGUGUAAUUUCACUUACUUUUAUUGCUAGGAACCGUUUCAUUGCUCUAGAAAGUGGAGGACAAACAAUUUCAAUUGUCUCUCUAGAGGGUGAUAUCCUCAAACGUUGGGACUUGCCUUGGAUAGCUCAAAAGUUAUAUUCAGCAUCAUCUCAGCAGCAUGUAAUAAUCCAGUCAGAUGAUGUAUUAUAUUUGUAUGAUAUUAAUCAACGAGAUAUUUCGGCUGAAUUAGUUAUUUCUAACAUUCAGAACCAUCAAGUUGCGGUUAUAAAUACGAAAAUGAGUCCCAAUGCACCUCAAUGUUUGUCAUUCAUCUGUGGAAAUCCUAGUGAUCCAUCAAGUUUAGGUACUGGUAUUAGAUCUGUAGAAUGGAGUACAGAUAAAAAACUCGUAGCUAUUGUAUUCAAAUACAAUAUUAUUUUUGCUGAUUCAAAACUACAGAUUUUAGCUAUUUUCACUGAAAAUCUUACAGUUAAGUCAGGAACUUGGCAUUCAACUCUUCCAUUGUAUAUAUAUACAACUUUGGGACACAUUAAAUAUGCUAUACCUACAUUAAAUGAACGUGGAAUUAUAGAAACUGUUUCAGAUGUAUUUUAUAUACAAUAUUUUGAAGAUUCAAGAAGUGAUUUGGUUACUCUAAAUAGAUUUGGCAAGAUCCAAAUUAUUGAAGAUAUAAAUUUACAUGAGGCAUUGUUUAAAAUCUCAAUAUCUAAGCAACAGAAUAACAUAAUAUGUCAUAUUGAACGUGGAAAUCUCAAGGGAUUAUCAACAUUAAAUUAUUUAACACAACAUGGAUAUCCUGAAAUAGCUAUUCGACUUGUGGAGAAUCCCAUUUUGAAAUUUUAUUAUGCUAUACAAUUUGGCGAAAUUUCUCAAGCAUAUGAUAUAUUAUCCCAAUUACAACAUAAUUAUAGUGGAAAUAACAACUCCUUUGGUAUAAGCACUAAUGGGACUACAUAUAUAUCUAACAACUCUCUUAACUCAUCUCAUAAGACAAUUCUUCCAAAAUUGAAUAGUAAUACUCUACUGACUAUGUGGAAAAGCUUAAGUCAUAAUGCUCUUACCAAUGGAUUUGUUAAUAUAGCUGAAAAAUGUCUUCAAGUUGUAAAGGAACUUGAACAAUUAGCUCUACUUUAUUAUGUUAUUGGUCAACGUGAAAAUUUGGCUAAACUAGCAAGAAUAUCUGAGAAACAGAAAAACUGGUCAAGGAAAUUCCAUAUUUCUUUGCUACUUGGUGAUAUUGAAGAGAGAAUCUCAGUCCUUCGGAAACUUGGUCAAAUUCCCCUGGCAAUUGCUACUGCUUAUACUUAUGGUUUUCAUGAUCUACAACAGGAACUGUUAACUGUAUAUAAGGAGUCUUAUUGUAUAAAUGGCGAUCAUUCUGAAUUAGUAAAGGAACUUGAAAGUGUAGUUUCUAAUUGUUCCAAUAACCUUAUAUCUCCUUGUAUUCCAAUAUUAGGAGCUAAAAACCUUCCACAUGGAGAUAUAAAUUGGCCUAUUAUUAAAAGUCAGACAAGUCCUCAUAGAAAUGAUCAAUCUGAGCAAAUAGUUGAAAGUUAUUCUAAGGAUAUAGAUAGGGGUAAUAUAAUUAAAUCAGCUAGUAAACAAACCAUACCUAGUGAAUGGGAUAUAGAUAAUAUUGAUGUACAUGAUGAAUUUCCAGAUCAAACAAUAGAUCUAAAGGAUUCAAAUUAUAGUGUUAUUAAUACAGUUGAUAAAUCACAUGAUUAUUCAGCCCCUAGAGAUAAAGAGGCAUUAGGAAUAUCAACUGAACAACGAAUUUUAUCUUUACCUAAUAAUUUACCUACAACAAUUUCUAGAAAUUCAAUUAUUAAUCUUACUAUUGGAGGUAAAUACUAUGAUUCAUUAAGUAUUUUACAGCGUAAGCUUGGAGCUAAAAAUUUGAAACCUUUUUAUCCAAUAUUUAGAAGCAUAGUUUUAAGUUCAUAUUAUAACCUACCAAGUAUUUGUAGUAAUAUCUCCUUAUCCUUACCUUUUAUAUCUUCAGAAAGUAAACUCUUCGGUAAUCAGAUUUCAGAUCAUGUUGAACCAAUGAUAUUAUAUAGUGAAUCUGCAAUACUAGAUAUUAUUAAGACUGGUCAAAAGUUUGUUACUAAUGGGAAAUUUUCACAAGCCUUGAAAGUUUUCCAAGAACUUAUAUUAAUAAUUCCAUUGAUUAUUGAACAUCAUAUAUUUUAUUCUAGAAGUACUGAACAAUUUAAACAAUUAUUGGAACUCUGUUCCCAAUAUGUUAUUGGGAUGAGACUGGAGCUCAGUAGAACAGAAAUGCUCACUUCUUGCUUUGAUCAAAAUGACUCAAAUAUUAUUAUUCGUAAUCUAGAACUUAUAUCUUAUUUUACUUGUUGUCAUUUACAACCUUUACAUUUAUCUCUUGUAUUAAGAAGAGCUAUGGGUAUAGCAUGGAAAUACCAAAAUUAUAUAACUGCUGCUAACUUUGCAAAGAGAUUACUAACUAUGCAAAAUAUUGACGAUAUUGAGAAGACUCAAAAAAUCCUUUUAGUAUGUGAACAAAAAGCAACUGAUCAAUAUUUGUUUAACUUUGACCCAAUCAAAGAUGUUGAUCAUUUACUAUUAUGUUGUUCCUCUCUUAAAAAAAUUGACCCCCAAGUCCAUAGUUUUGUCAAAUGUCCAGUUUGUAAUUCAACCCAUUUGUCUGAAUUCACUGGCUCAAUUUGUUCUAACUGUGGUGCCGGUGAAAUUGGACUUAGAGUUUUAGGUAUAGUAUAA